AAAAAAAAAAAAUGGUCUUGAAUCCGUGAUUGGAUCCAUACCUUUUUCUUUUACUCGUACCAUUUUAGAGUAUUCUUUUGAUUUCUUUCUUAUCCUUUCUUCUCGUAAAAACUUCCAUUAAAUCCCUAAUAAAAUAAAAUAAAAUAAAAACCAAUUUCUAUGCUUAAAAUCCUAGGUCAAGGCAGAGAGUCACAAAACAGAGGAGAGAGAAACAGAGAAACUUUACAUUACAUUUCUAAAACAGAGUUCCUUACAACACUUUAUUUAUAUUCUCUUUCUAAUUUUAAUAAUCCAAUAAAUUUCACACAAAUUUUUAUUGUUGUUUGUUUUAAAUUUGUUACAGUUUAUGGAAUUUUGGUUUUUUGGGUUUUUAUAAUUUAAUUAGAAUGAGCUGCUCUGUUUUUUGGUAAAAGUUUUGCGUUUUAUGUAAUUGGUAAAGAAAAAAAAUGACGGGUUUCGUGAAAUUUAGCGAUUUAAGGUAAUUUUUUUUUGGUUUUGAAAAUUAUAAAUUAUGAGUCAAGAAACUGUUGUCGAGCUUCAAGAAAUUGAGAAACAAAAUUCAGGUUGUUCAAUCAAUGAUGCAAGAGUUUCAGAAACAGUUAUUGCAAUACAGGAAAAUUCACAAGAUUUGAGUUGUUCACAGGAAUCAGCUGGUGUUAUUGUAGUUGUUGUUGACGAUGUUGUCAGAAAUUCUGAAAACAGAUCAAGUAAUUCAGGGGAGAGUUGUGCAACAGGAAUUGUGAGUGAAACAAAGGUUGCUGAAACUAAAGAUGAGAAAAAACCAUGGCUUGUUGAUGUAAAAUGCGGAGAUGGAGAAGUUUGUGAUGGUGAAUUAUUGUGUAGAAUUUGUCAUUUGAGUUCUGAGCAACCAUGGAAGUUGCCGCUUUUCGCGGCGAAAACUGAUCUUAUCUUGCUUGGUUGUGGAUGUAAAGGUGAACUUAGUGUUGCACAUUUUUAUUGUGCUGAGGCUUGGUUCAAGCUCAAGGGAAACAGGAUUUGCGAAAUAUGUGGGGAGAUGGCAAACAAUGUACGAGGGGUGGGGAACGAGAGCUUCAUGGAGGAGUGGAAAGACAGCAGAAUAAAUGCCAAUGCAACCGAUUCAUCAAACAUGGGUGCAGAAGGAUGCUGGCAAGGACAACCGUUGUGUAACUUCCUCAUGGCCUGCUUGGUCAUCGCGUUUGUCGUGCCAUGGUUUUUCCGCAUUAAUAUGUUUUGAGUAUGUACAUUAUUUCUUCUUCUUAACACAAUAAUUUCUUCUUUCCUAGCCGACUAAUGGCUAAGAUUUUGGUGAA